AUGUUUAAGUCUACUCCAUUCUCGUUUUUCUGGGGCAAAUCCACCAUAAGUGACUCAGCUAAGGCUACUACCAACAAGCAAGAUGCUGCUUCCAUUCAAUCUCCCCAAGCCUUUACCAUAAAGGGCAAUGGGUCAGGCUUGGUCAAAGUCUCAAUGGUUGAAACCGAUGCCGAGUUUGCUGGCGACGGAUUUGUCGACAUUCAAUGUCGCAAGCUUUCCUAUGCGGAGGUUGCCUCGUUGAACCCAAAGAAAUUGAAGCCCACUGCACUUCCAGCAAAGGGUAGAAUCGAGAAGAAUGAAUUUGAGAUAUUGAAAGAAGAAGCUACACCUGCUUCGACCAGCACCUCGUCCAAGAUAGUCCCAUCGUCCGACCCAUUGUCGUUAUCUAUGAUUGAAGACGAGUUGCCAGAGAAGUUUAAGUCUGACGUUCAUUCCAGAAAGCAAGGCAAGGGCAAAGGCCAAAAAAAGAAGUUAUCCUACAAGCCUAACAAGAAGUUAUAA